AAAAAAUUAAUUCUGUCACCAUGUUUAGGAUACGAAAAACAUGCAAAUAAGCUGCCGUGUCAAGGUAAACAUGGAGUGGAUUGAUCAGGAUCUAAGGUGGAAUGAAAAUACAUCUAAUGCUUCAUACGUUUUGUUACCAGUUGACAAAAUAUGGACUCCUGUGUUAGUUUUGGACAAUGCGAUAGAUGUAACCAUGAAGCCGUACACAAAUGAUGUACUGGUGUCGAAGUAUGGAAAUGUGGACUAUGCCCUUAUCUUGUACAUAGCAGUGGGCUGUGAUGAUAUCAGCCUUUUCACCUAUCCCUUUGUGAAUGGCGAUUGUUGUGUGGCGAUCAAUGGAUGGAGCCAAAGAGGUUGUGGGCUUACUGUGAAUCCAUUUACAAACAUAUCUGUGAUUAACAGCAUUCAAGGAGAGUGGAAAACUGUGAAUGUGACAAUACCACAAGAAACACCUGAAAACCGCACCUGUCUCUUGGUCUCUUUAUCCAUCAGUCCUUUCAGUGCUGUUGUGACCCUGAUCCUGCCCAGUGUGUUAAUAAUGCUGGCUGACCUGGUGACCUUUUCUCUGCCCGUUCAAGGAGGAGAACGCAACAGCCUUAAGGUCACCUUAGUCCUGAGUUUCACCAUGUUCCUCCUCAUCCUCAAUGAUCACCUAAGCAGUGGUGGACAAUGUAGCCCUAUCCUUCAUUAUCACUUCUGCUUCUGUCUGGUCAAUCUGGUGUUGAGCAUGGUGGUGUCUAUUGUGUUGACACGUCUGACAAUGGAUAACAGAUUUCUGCCUUCAAAAAACAUCAAAACCCCCCAAACAACUGCCAGCCUUGGUCAGGAUGAAGCAGAUCUUGGUGUGAUUACUACAACAAAAUCCAGCGAUCUGCUUUCAGAGGUGGCUUCCCUCCAAAAAAUUGUGAACUUUUUGGAAAACAUUGACCAAAAAGAGCAAGUGGCAAAGAGCAACGAGGCGUUUGUUGACCGCUUGGACAAAAUCUGCUUCUGUUUUUUUUUGUUCAUUGACAUUAUUUAUGUCAUCAUUGUUAUCAUUGUCACAAAUACAGGGAUUUGCAAAGAAACAAAGAGGAAUAUCUGGGACAAUGAAGAUUUGCUGGAUGAUCAUGAAAACUACACAUAUUAUUCUUCUUAUUAUUAUUACUGA